AUGCUAUCGUCCACGCCAUGGCUUUUGCUUCUGAUUUCGACCAGGGCAGCAGCGACGUGCUAUAGCUACGAAGGCAAGGAGCUUUCCGCGUAUCCCUGCAAUGCGACGGCAAAAAUCAGUCCUUGCUGCGGUAGCGAUGACCUUUGCUUGUCCAACGGAUUGUGUCUGAAUGCCGGCGGAAAUAAUGCCUUUGCUCAGCAGGGCUGUACGGACAGAGACUGGGGCGCCCCAUGUCACAAAUACUGCACCGGCUACGUUGGCAGGCUCGGCGACGAUGGCGAUUACCGCCAUUUUAACCACCGUUCCCAUCUUUUCAAACGCAUCGCGGGCGGCAGGGAGUCCGACAACUUCAACAAGCACCGGGACCACCACAUCCAAAACUGA